CCCUGACGUAAUAUGCAGAUCGAUGCGUGAUGCAUUGUGACGCGCUGCUUAAAAGAGGGGUGUCGGAAGCGUGCGUCUCACUGCAGUACUUGGACAGGCGAAGAAGCAAACAUGGCAAACCUGAAGGAAAAGCUAAUUGGCCAGUUGGAGACAUCCCAAGACAAGAGUUCACACAACAAGAUAACAGUUGUUGGUGUGGGUGCAGUAGGAAUGGCAUGUGCCAUCAGCGUCUUGAUGAAGGAUCUGGCAGAUGAGUUGGCUCUAGUGGAUGUAAUGGAGGAUAAAUUGAAGGGGGAGAUGAUGGACCUGCAGCAUGGUAGCCUUUUCCUCCACACUGCCAAGAUUGUGUCGGGCAAGGAUUAUUGUGUCAGUGCUGGUUCCAAGUUGGUUGUUGUCACAGCUGGCGCUCGACAACAGGAGGGAGAGAGUCGCUUGAAUCUGGUUCAGCGUAAUGUGAAUAUCUUCAAACAUAUUAUUCCGGAUAUAGUCAAAUACAGUCCAGACUGUAUCUUGCUCAUCGUGAGCAACCCAGUGGACAUCCUAACCUAUGUGGCGUGGAAGUUGAGUGGCCUUCCCAUGCACCGUGUUAUUGGUAGUGGUUGCAACCUGGACUCUGCACGUUUCAGAUACCUCAUGGGGGAGAGACUUGGAAUCCACAGCUCCAGCUGUCAUGGCUGGGUGAUUGGCGAGCACGGAGACUCAAGCGUGCCUGUGUGGAGUGGCAUGAAUGUUGCGGGUGUGAACCUGAAGGAACUUCACCCUGAGAUAGGAACUGACAAAGACAAGGAGAACUGGAAGAAGGUGCACAGGGAUGUGGUGGACAGUGCCUAUGAGGUGAUAAAAUUGAAAGGGUACACAUCCUGGGCUAUUGGGAUGUCCGUGGCAGAUAUGGCAGAAACUUUAAUGAAAAACCUGCGUAGAGUUCAUCCAGUAUCUACAAUGGUUAAGAAUUUCUAUGGUAUUACCAAUGAAGUGUUCCUGAGUCUCCCAAGUGUUUUGGAUAAUCAUGGAAUUUCUAAUGUUGUGAAGAUGACACUAAAGUCUGAUGAAGAAGCAAAGCUUCAGCAGAGUGCUACCACCUUGUGGAACAUUCAGAAAGACCUGAAAUUCUGAAUCCCUCUUGUCUUCUGAUGCAGAAGUAAACUCCACUGCUAACAAGAUCACCAGUUGUAUGUAAACCCCCCCCCCCUUAUCUUGACUGUAAGGAUUUACUUUGAGUAAAUUAUGACUAUUUUUCUAACCCUGGUCAGAACAGUGUUGUAAUGUUUGAUCAUGUUGUUCUACUUACCCAAGUAUUGCCAGUAUUUAUGUAGAGGAUGCAGCUUUAAAUAAAGUCAAUCACUUUAAAACAAA